AUGAAGCGUAAAGAAGAUUUUCUUUACAAUUCAGUUGACAUGGAUGUGGCUGAAAUGCAGGCUGGGAAUAGCCGCGUACAAUAUCCAAAAUUCCGUGUUUUCAACAAAGUGAUAUCGCCAAUCGCCAAUUCAACACAAUUAGAGAUAUCACCAUCCACAUCGCAAUGUAAGCCUGUUGGUGGCACUGUAUUGGACCAAUUGUAUACGGGACAGAUUUAUGGCAAUGGUCACUAG